UCGGCUACCACUUUCAUAUUAUCCAUACUUUAUGACGCGUCCGUUCCAGACUUCGACAUGGAGGUUUGAUCUCGGAUCAAAGUUCAUGUACCAGUUUACCCUCCGCAAGAAACUUUUUCACCAAGCUCAAUCAGUGCAGUUGAGUCACGAUGUCUAACACUGGCAGCUGUGCCCCUCCAGGAAGCGAAAACUCAGCACAGCAACAGCCGCCAUCUCUGAAGCGAUCACCGACCAUUAACACGUAUGACUUGUCUGCUGAUGAUCAUCAUUCUGCUCGUGGUCGAAGUACGGGAAAGGGCCAGAGUGGGAGAAGGAUUCGGUGGGCACCGUUGAAUAUUGGCCUCGAAAGACGCUUGCAGACGCUUGUGGUUCUCUGCCAUACUCUAACGAUUGCAAUCUUCUUGACGAUCUUUUUUUUCUCAUGUGCCAUCCCACUCUCAUGGCCAGUCCUGAUACCGUACCUUAUAUAUAUAUCUCUCUUUUCGACAGCUGCUACAUCAGGAAGUUUGAGCGGUCGGAGCAACUUCUUGCGCUCGCUCCGCGUUUGGAAAAUUUAUGCUUCUUACUUUCCAGCCCGCUUACACCGAUCAGAGCCUCUUCCACCAACAAGAAAAUAUAUCUUUGGGUAUCAUCCACAUGGCAUCAUAUCACAUGGGGCUUUUGCGGCAUUCGCUACCGAAGCUCUUGAAUUCUCCAAGCUCUUUCCCGGCAUCACGAACACCUUAUUGACACUUGACUCAAAUUUCCGGAUCCCGUUUUACAGGGAGUACGCGCUUGCUAUGGGCAUAGCAAGCGUGUCUCGCGAAUCAUGUGAGAAUAUUCUCACCAAAGGGGGCACGGAUGGCGAAGGAAUGAGUCGUGCUAUCACUAUCGUCAUUGGUGGUGCUCGUGAAUCGCUGGAUGCUCUUCCUCACACCCUACGUCUUGUUCUCAAGCGCAGGAAGGGAUUCAUAAAGCUAGCCAUACGCACAGGCGCCGACCUUGUGCCAGUACUGGCAUUUGGUGAGAACGAUCUUUAUGAACAAAUACGAUCUGAGAACCAUCCUAUCAUACACAAGUUUCAGAUGUUUGUCAAACGUAUGAUGGGCUUCACGAUCCCUUUAUUCCACGCUCGUGGCGUUUUCAAUUAUGAUGUUGGAUUGAUGCCGUAUCGUCGACCACUUAACAUCGUUGUGGGCCGCCCUAUACGGGUAACUCAGCAAAAAGACAGGGAGAAGAUAGACGACAAAUACAUCGAUCUACUUCACGCAUCAUAUGUGCAAGAACUAGAAAGGCUUUGGGAGCAAUGGAAAGAUUUCUAUGCUAGAGAUAGAGCAUCCGAGAUGGAAAUUGUUGCAUAAGUAUCAUGGUCAUGAUUCUCUGAAAGGUGAGUUUUCGAAUAAGGAUAGAUGAGAUCCAUUCAAAGUUUAUCACCAGUCAUAUACUACGGAGCUUUUCAUAUCAGAAUCACCAGUCCGGGAGCCUAGGGGCUCUACGCUGUUAUCAUAUAUGGAUAGCUCAAAUUUGUAAAUGAUCUUUCAGAGUGAAGCCGUCAGCUAAAGCUCGGGGCUUGUGAAGGCUUCAACAGAAUUGUGAUGAUUACCGCUCUUAUUCAGUGACCAGCACACCCCUUCUGCGAAAGCACAAUGCUUGACUAAAAAU